GUUUAGUAUCUCCCAUAUCUUGGAAAUUCCUGUUCCAAAAAUAGAAUAGCUUCCCUGGCCGUACCACCUACCACCAUGAACUAAGUUUCCAUUUUAUCAACAACGAAAGAUGGAAAAGCUCAAAUCUAAAGCGACGAACAUUGAUCUGGCAAAUGAUGACAGGUCGCCAUCUGAGAUUAGCCUCCAAAUAGAUGAUAGUCUUGACGUUGAGCCGUUCCAUUACAAACCUUUUCGGAAAUUGGACGGUGACGCAAAGAAAUCGGCUGAGGAGAAGUUACAUAGGUUACAUUUAUGGCACAAGACAGAUUUUGUUUUGCUAAUGUAUGGUUUCAUGAAUAACAACAAAAUAGACCUGAGUACAAUUACAGAGAAAGACCUUGACUCAAGAGCAGAUACUGUCAGUUGGUACGACUUUAAAUCCAUGAGUAUAUAUUCUGGUGUGAACAAGCACGAAUAUACACGGAAAGAAGUUAAUGAGGCAGCGGAGAGGUUAACAUGCUACUACCCAGAACAAGGUAUAGGACCGUUUACAGCAAAACAUCCCGAUGGCACUUACAGAUUGAUAGAUCCAGAGCAUAUGGAAUACACGAUGCUUUAUUACUAUGGCCAUUCAAACAUGUGUAUGCUUGUACGAGUUGUUCCCUGGCAAGCUAUGUUUCUGAAUAUAAUUCCGUGGGACAUGGAACCAAUUCAUCAGCCAGUCGGGUUCAGACGAGACAGAUUUGAUCAGAUGAAGAUGGAGAACAGAGAUUGUAUGCUGGCAUCGAAAAGGAUGCUACAGGAUAUUUUAGGUGGAUUUGUUAACGAUAUGGCGACAUCCCCAUUCUUCUACAGCCAUAGAUUUAAAAAAGAAUUUUUCAAAUUCAUCAAAGAAGAAGGAGACCUGAAUGAAGUAUUUUUAGCUGUUGAUAAAUUCUCAAAGCCAGGGCAGCCGAAAACCUUCUUAUACUGUAUUGUUGCGAAUGCCAAACCAAAUAUGAAUUUCUUGGACCAGGUGCUGACGCGUUUCAUGGAAAGUAAGCUGUCGGAUAAAGAGAAGAAUCUGCAAUUAGUAGCAACCUGUGCUGCAGCCUGUCGUUGGGGUCAUAUUCUUAUCUACGAGAAACUCUGUGGAAUGAUAAAAAAGCCAAUAUUUGAGAUGCUAAGAAAAGCAGUUGUAGGAGGAAAUGUCGAUAUCAUGCACGGUAUACUUCGUGACUACAACUGGAGCGAAAACGAGACCAGGGCAGCCAUGGAAUGGGCGUGCUUCCUGGGUUUGGAUGGCAUGGUGAGGGAGCUACAGAACUAUGGUGUCCGGUUUUCAGACAGGUGUCUAUACGACGCGGCGUAUGGAGGAAAUAUGGGAUUGUUCUUUGAAAUCUGCAGCGGAUGUGACUUGGAGAUGGCGUUCAAAGGCGGCCAGACAGUUCUUCACGUCGCUGCUGAAAGAGGACACUUGAGCAUUGUUGAAUUUCUAGUUCACAGAGGAGGAGUAAAUGUCAACACUGAAAACUCGAAACGUGAGACUGCUUUACAUCUUGCAUUGAAAAACGGUCAUGUGGAAGUGGCCGAUAUAUUGUUGGAUGGAGAUCCAAACACAGAUAUUCAAGAUGCAAGCGGAUCAACUCCACUCCACAAAGCAUGUGCUUUGGGUAACAUGAAACUUGUAGAAAGGAUACUUGCCACUGGUUGUGCCACUAAUCCACUGGACAACACUGGGAGGUCUGUUCUUCAUAAGGCGGCAUUUGGAGGUAGUUUGGAUGUUGUGCAUCGUCUCUGUCAGCUCGGAAACAAAUUGGAUGUAUUGGAUAAAAACGGAAGUUCGUCUGUGCACUAUGCUUCCAUUCAAGGUCAUUUUCACAUUGUCGAAUAUAUUGUUAACGAAUUCCCAGCUUUGAUUGCACAGGGAAAUGAUAAAAGAUGGAAUCCAAUUGCUUGUGCUGCAUUUGGAGGUCAUUUCGCCUUGUUAAACUUCUUGACAAGAAACCGGGCAGGCAUUCUGGUGGUGACGAAGUCGGGAAAGAAUGCGAAACAGCUGGCGGUUGAAGGAUUGGCUUUAAAAGAAUCAGACGUGGAGUAUUAUAUGGAACAGUUUGCGGAGUAUGUGUCGUUUGGAAGCAGUGCUAGUUUCAACCAAGUGAUUGAACUACUUGCCGAUGUGGAGCGGCAGAUAGAAUCCAAGGAGAGUGACUAUUAAUGCGUUAGCAAGAGUGACUAUGAAUGGUUCAGUUUGAGUGACCAUUAAUGCUUUUAGUAGGAGUGGCUAUGAGUGCUUUGCUUUGUGAGAUUCUUGAAUUCUUAUUUGGAGCUGGUGUAUAAAAGCACAGUGAAUGUCAUCAUAUUAUUUAUUUGACGAUGUCUGUGUUUAUUAAGACGUCUUGCCUUGUGUACUUCGUUGAGAACAAUGUAUCCUCUUCGUGCUAUUGCACGAUAUCAAGUUUUAUUGUGACAAGCAUUAAUAUUGUCGACAUACCAAUAUAGGUUUCACGCUGGGAUUUAGCUUAUUUCUCACGGUCUGCCUGUGGAAGCUGGUCUCCUGGUGUUGAUAGUUCAUCUUAUUUAGUCCUGCACCGUUGUAUCGACCAUGCCAGUAUUUUUCCGGAUUAGACGAACCUCUCCAGUGCUGAAAAAUACGAAGAUUGAAGUCAAAGGAAUGUAAAUACUGACAUGACAAUGAUGAUAAGGAGAAAGAAAAUGCGACAUUCUGCCUUCAGAACAGAAUAUAAAAUCUUUUUUUAUACAAUAUACUUUUUUUUCGACAAUCGGUUGAAGAAUUGUUACGACUGGUCACACAUAGCGUUAGUAUAAUAGUAUUAUAUAAUACGAAACUGUUAAAACAACACGUGUACACUCAGUAGUUGACAUGGAAUGGCUGCUUCGGAAAGUAAAUAUAUUUCAACACAGAUCAGCCCGUUACUUAGGUUCCCGAGAAACAAACCGACACGGGUAGGGAACGUCGAACCACGCACCUCGGAUCUUAACCUAAGAUGGUGUGGCCUGCGUAUAACCGACUGAGCUAUCGCGGCCCCUUUUCUGAAUAUCGGAAGCAAAACCACUGUUUGAGAGUUUGUUGUCAGACUUUUGUUUUAAAUCAUAUGUUUUGAUAAACCCGCAUGCCUAAUUUCCCCAAAAGUUACUCACGGUAAAUAAUCCCGUUACUGCGUAAUACACAAUUAAUCUAGAUUAUAAUACGUCAAUUCUUCAAUAAAAUAUACAAAUAAAUUACGAUAAGUUGCAUUUGUAAUUAGCAUUUAUGCGACUAAGCUUUACCUACACCAGCCAUUGCAACACUACUUUGCUGGACACAGGGACUAAUUGUUCAAUUCUAUCGAAUAAGAUGUUUUCAAAAUGUGCAAUGCUACCAACUUAAAAAGUUAUCUUUUUUUUAAUACAUUUCUUGUUUCCAAUAAGUACAGCUGCAUUUAAAUUGAUGAUUAAUUCAAGUCUAUCGUAUUAGAGAAACUGGUGUGUUAGUAUACAUAUAUGUAAAGAAAUAUAAUAACUUAACACAGUUUUUGUACGUAUUCUUCAAAACGGAAACAUGCCAGAUAAUAGCAGAAUUCGGGAGAAGGGUCAAUAGCGAAAAUUAAAAUUGUCUUCAGCUUUGUUUAGUGUGGUGUUUUUUGACACAAUUCCUCAAUGACUAUCGAAGUGUCGAAAAUAAGAUAAAUUACUGUACUCAUGAACAUACUUAUAUUUUCUACUGGACAUUCCGCACUUAAAUAUCAAUAUACUAUAAACGUGUUGUUGAUUGUGAUAGUUUCCUUCGUUGAGUUGAAUGUUCAAACAACUACAUCGUAAACAUAUGUCGAAAUAAGGAAUUUGCCUCUCAACGGCGAUUACUGUAAAUGUACUUAUUUUAGCGCAGUCAAAUUUUAGCGCAAACACAGAAAAUUGUAAAAUAUGAUUUAUUAGCGUGGACGUGAAUUAUAUAUCAUUACGUAGCCAUACAUCUUUGGAGCUACACCUUAAACAUACUAUUAUCGCUAUCUUGUCGCACAAUGUGUAUCAAGUGUCACCGGCGCAGAGGAAAUAUGUAUUUCGAGAGCGUUAUCUGUGUAUUUCGAAGAAACGGUAAUUGUCUGCAGAUUGAGAUGAUGACAAAAUAGAAUUUUAAAUUUCGUUUCCAAGAAUAAAUAUGAUAAGAAUAGAGUAUGCAUUAUAAUUCAAAUAAAUAUUUAAUGAUCCAAAUUCAGUGUAACUGUAUAUUUUUCAGUUGUAUCGAUUGAGGAAUGCAAGUUAGCAAUUGCUGUGCAUGUGUUAACUGUUUACUGUAACUAAAUUGAUUGGAAUAGAA